UUCUACCUUCGGUCCAAGGCCACGUUUCACGGAACUGUAGGCUGCAGGGGAAGAGCUGGUGGUCAGUAUUCAAGAAAUACAGCAACAUAAAAGAUGGGUGUCACAGGGAUGUUAAUUACCUUGUUUCUACUGAUUCUCAGUGCUCUUGAUGUUCUGUUCUUCUUCUUACCCAAUUCAAAUUUUGAUCCUAAGGCAGUGAGUGUUUUUGAAAAGACCAGACCCAAAUUUGAAGGAGCACUGAAGGUUAACAGCAUCUUAGCAAAGACUCAGAAGUGGCAUGAAGGAGAUCUAGUUGGUCCAGAAUCUAUAGCUGCAGAUAGCACAGGUACUUUGUAUGCUGGCUUAGCUGAUGGGAGGAUUGUAAAACUUGAAGGAGAUAAAGUGGUAGAUGUUGUUCGAACUGGGAAGCAGGUGGCAAACUGUGGGACACCAGAAGCUGAGCCCACCUGUGGACGUCCCUUGGGAAUGCGCUUUGACAAAUAUGGAAUCAACCUGAUUGUGGCUGAUGCUUAUCUAGGCCUGUUAGAAGUCAACCCAAAGGCCAGGACAGUCAGCACCCUUGUACCUCCCUCUCCUGGGAUGAAUAAUAGGCCCUUUAGAUUUGUGAAUGAUCUUGACAUUGCGCGAGACAGAACCAUCUACUUUACUGAUUCAAGCAGCAAGUGGCAGAGACGUCAGUUGCACUACUCUAUACUAGAAGGAGAUAACACUGGAAGGCUUAUGGCAUACCAUCCUAAGACAGGAGAAAUGGAGGUUCUUAUGGAUGGACUUCAUUUUGCCAAUGGUGUUCAGAUUUCUCCUGAUGGAGACCAUGUGUUGGUAGCAGAAACAGGAGCGUUAAGGAUAAUGAAGUAUUACAUCAAAGGGGAACAUGAAGGCAAAUCAGAAGUUUUUGCCCAGAACCUUCCUGGAUUUCCAGACAAUAUUCGGUUAAGUAGCAAAGGAGGAUACUGGGUUGGUAUAGCAACUGUGCGUACUGACUUCUUUGACUUGUUUCAACUGUAUCCAAGGGCAAAGAGCUUUACAGCAAAGGUUUUCUCCUUACCAUGGCUAAUUGGUAAAACAUCCCGCAACUAUGGUCUCCUCCUGGAGCUGGAUGAAAAUGGUCAUAUUACCCGAAGCUUCCAUGAUCCAACUGGCAGUGUUAUACCUGGUUCCCUCAGUGAGGUUCAUGAUGAUGGGGAUGUGCUCUUCUUUGGAAGUUUCAGGUCUCCAUUUGUCGGUCGGCUGGAGCUAAAAGACUGACUUAGGAAUAGAUGUCAGGGUUUCUUGGUUCUUGAAAGAAAAACUGCUGGCUCUCGCAAUUUAUGUUUUCAUUAUAAAAGAUUUUAUUUUUGUACAAAUUUAAACGCAUGCACGUAGAUCACAUUGCAAGAGAGAAAGGCUAUCUCGAAUGAAGUCAUCUCUGUUGUAUUAGUUGCAGUUCUGAUGAAGUAAAAUAUUUUAGUUUUUGUU